AAUUGGUUAUUCACGAUCAUUUGCUUCACCAUUCAAUAUUUAUAUAUAGUAUCAUCUAAAAGUCUAUUUGGGUAUCGUGUUAGUUUCCGAAGACUAGAGUUGAUUUUAUUUAUUUAUUUUUUUUUGUAAAGAAGGGGAUGGAAUGGAAUUGGCUCAGUUGAUUGUCCCUUGCGUUGUUCUUUUUUUGGUACCUUCUGACAAAACAAAAACGGAAAAGUUGAUUAAUUAAUUAACUAACAAGAUAAUAAACUUGAAGAAACCAGCCUAAUUUCACAUUUAAUUAACCAAAAAAAAAAAACCCAACACCCAACUGUUAAAUAUAUUCAAUGCGAAAGAGAGCCAAUGAAAUCAAAGCCAGAAGAAGAAACAGACGAUUUCUCGGCCCCCUCUCUCCACAAUUUCAUGUCAUCAAGUUCAUGCAUUUACAUUUGGGCUUGAUGGGUUUCUUGCUUUGAACCAAUCAAACGAACCAUUUUGUAGAGACAGGCGGGUUCUGAGAAAUUCGCCGGACAUGGAAGAUUCUAGUGAAAUACAUUCUGAAGAAAAUAAAGUAUCUUUGGAGAAGAAUGUUAAAAGGCAGUUCAAGACUCGAGCUCAGGUUAUGGCUUUGGAGAACUUCUAUAACGAUCACAAAUAUCCCUCAGAAGAAAUGAAAAUGCAACUUGCAGAGCAGAUAGGCUUGACAGAAAAGCAAAUAUCUGUGUGGUUUUGCCACAGGCGGUUAAAAGACAAAAAAAUUGACGAAGGAUUAGUAAGUGGAAGACAAGAUCGUUCAAGUGGUAUUAUACAGGAUCGUGGGAGUGGACUCUGGCAAGAUUCUUGUGGCAGCACCAAACAAGGUGAUAUUAGAAAUAUUGAUCCUAAGGAGGUGGAGAGUCAAAGGCACUGUCAAGAUUUUCCCUCUUCAGAUCUUGUCUAUGAUCAUAGGAGUCAGUACGUGGGACAUAUUAGUGGGAUGGAAAGGGAUGAUACAUCUUCAGAAAGUACCUCAUUCUUGCAAGAUAGGAUUUAUUGCCAAAUUGAUUAUCCUUAUACUAAGGAAGCAUCUGGAUACAUCAGACAAAAUGGAGCUAUGACCCCCAUGAAUUGCAAUGCCACUAAAAGUAAGGAAUAUAAGCCAUCAGGAUAUUUGAAAGUGAAGGGUGAAACCGAAAAUGCUGCUAUUACUGCUGUCAAGAUGCAACUGGGGAGGCUAUAUCGAAAAGAUGGUCCCCUACUUGACGUCGAAUUUGAUCCACUUCCUCCUGGUGCAUUUGAGUCCCCAAGCAAUGGACUAGUCAAUGAGCCAUUCCAUGUUGAGGAACCUCCAUGGCUCCAUUCUUUGGAUGUAACUGGAGUUGAAAAGCGAAGUGAUCUUGGUACUAGAUAUGAAGUACAUGGUUCCAAGAUGAAUACUGGGGAUUUUUAUACUGGUGCAGAAAGCCAUAAUACGCUCUGUCGGUCUGAUUUUCAGUGCCUGAAAUCUCACCAUCAAUCUAAACAGAAGUCUUUUCAUCUGCAUUAUUCUAAUUCCUCCCCUGGACAGAAUUCUGGCAUGGUAUAUGAAGAUUCUGCUGGAGAAACUACUAUUUACAAUAGAAACCAGGGUUAUAAGUUGAGUAACAUGCAUGAUACUGUAGGGAAUUCUGUUUUGAACCAUCAUGAUCACCAUGGUGGUAGAAUUACCAGUGAACGAAUAAAGCCAUUGUUGCAUGACUAUGAUAACUCUAGGCCUAAGAUUGUCCAAAACAGUGUCUACUUAUCUAAGCAUUCAAAUUUGAUACUUGGGAGUAGUAAUUCUCUUGAUGCAGUGGAGAGAGUGCCAUCUACAAUGAUGACUAAGGUGGAGAAGCUUUAUGGGGGGAGGAAGGCAAUAAAAGAGAAUCGUGAUCCAGUACGAUUAACGAAACAUCUGAAAAUUGAAAUGAAAGUAGUAAAACAACCACAACUUGGUCUUCAUCAGAAAGGAAAUAUGGUCAAAUCAUCAUAUGCUGAAAUCCCAGGAUGGGCAAGUCAGAUUAAAGGAUCUUCUUAGCCUCCCAAAGCACAAUAAGAUACUGCUAAUUCAGGUCUUCUUUUUUUGAAUUUUUCUGGCUGCAUUGGAAGUAGACACUAAAUACUUUCAGAUAAUUUUCCUAUCCUUUAGACACUGGAAAUUUAUCCAUUUCUUGAUGUCUUCUUUCUGUCUAAAGAUUUUACUGGAAAGAACUGCCUACGUUCUGACUCCACUAUGUUUAAACUAGGUCUGUUACUGAUAUGCCAUCUAGCUUCAGUGAGGAUGAAACUGCAGAAACUAUUUCUUCUAUGGACUGAAGAUUUUCCAGUUCAGGGAUGGUUCAAAUGUUUGACAGAUUCUCUGUAUCACAUGCAGCAGACUAAAAUAGUGGUCUGCGACUUGAUGGGGUUGUACAGUAAAAUGUGUUGCUAUGCGAACAUUUUAACAUGAUAAGCUCUGCUAGUUAAAGGUGAGACUCUAGUUAAACUUGUAAUUUUUUGUGGCAGCCAAUCAAUUUGGUGUUGCCUAUGUAAUGCUCAGGUGUUUAUAUAUGUGUAAAGCUCUUUUAACAUUUUCCUUUUCUCCCUAUAGAGUAAACUCUCGGUUAAAUGUACUAGUUGUAGAUUUAUUUUGUCAUGUAAUUAAACCUACCUCGGGCAAUUAUUGUCAAAGUUAAUCCUAGUAGCUCUUUAGUGCCAUGUUAAGAACUUUAGGGACAUUGCAUAUGAGAAUUUUUGUACAUAUUGAAUUCUGGUCCAAUUGAUCUCUUAAAGUUAUCAUUUAAAUACCAUCAC